GUAAUACCUAUAAUGAACAAUCGAAAUUGGCGCGUAGGUUCUUUGGAAGAAUUUUUACCCGAUCAAGCAAAUUUACUCGGUAUUAACGUAAAUCAUGGUCAAAAAAUAUGUAUAAGAUUACGUCCGCAUUAUAACCAAAGCCGAUUUUAUGAUUUUGAUCAUUUAAUCGAAACAAUGUUGCACGAAUUAACACAUAUUAAAUUCGGUCCACAUGAUUCAUCAUUUUAUAACCUUCUUGAUGAAUUAAAUGAUGAAUAUGACGUUUUAUUAACUCAAGGAUUUACUGGUGGAGGGUUCUUUAGCGAUGGAAAACGUGUUGGUGAAGGAAUAUCACAUAAUGUUUCACCAGCCUUGGCUAGACAAAAAGCAUUAGAAGCAGCUGAAAAAAGACGAAAGACUGAACGAAUAAUGACAAAUGGUGGAAGAAGAUUGGGUGGUAGUAGUGGAGGAUAUGGAUUACCUACAAGGGAAUUAGCUGCUAUGGCAGCUGAAAGAAGAACAAGAGAUAAUUUUUGGUGUGGAAGUGAACAAAAUCGUUCUGGGAUAAAGAAACCAACUGUUGGUUCAACAACAACGCGACCAGAUGUUAAAGCAACAACAUCAAAAUCAUCUCCAAUAGGCUCUCAGUGGACUUGUUCACAAUGCACAUUUAUAAAUCGUCCAAUGGCUUCGCAAUGUGAUGUCUGUCUUACUGAAAGACCACCCGAUAAUGACACGUCAUCUUACUUGCCUGAACCUGAUGUUGACGAUUUAAUUUCUGACCCAUUUCAUUGGGAUUGUCCUAAAUGCACUUUUAGAAAUACUCCUGAUAUUAUAAUAUGUUUGGGAUGUGAUUAUUUGAAAAAUUGA